UUGACUUUGGAUAAUGAAGCUUAGUUUCCCCCUUAACUAAAGCUGCCUGUCUCAGUCUUGAUCUCAAUGUUGUUGUCGAAAUCGCUUCCGUCAUCCUUCUACUUGGUAGCAUAAUUGUCCCAAGAGCGAGAGAGAGAAGGAACUUGAAGUCAAAUGUCCUCGUCCUCGUCCCCUGCACCUCCUGGUAACUACGAUGUCUUCCUCAGCUUCCGAGGUGAAGACACUCGAAGAACCGUCGCUAGCUAUUUGUACAAACAACUUGUCAACAGAGGGAUUUACACCUUCAAAGACGAUCCAAGGAUUGAGCUGGGAGACUCCAUUCCCGAAAAACUUGAAGAGGCCAUCAAGAGUUCAAGGUUUGCCGUUGUGGUUAUCUCAAAGAGCUACGCUACUUCAAAGUGGUGUUUGGACGAGCUUCAUCUGAUCAUGAAACUUAGAUUGGAAGAAAAGAUUUGUGUCAUCCCGGUCUUCUACGACGUUUUCCCCUCUGACGUUAAAAAUCUUCGAGGGACUUUUGGUUUAACAUGCCACCGAAGUUGUAAAUUGGCGCAGAAGAUUCCCAAAUGGAGAGUAGCCCUUAGGCGUAUUGGAAACCGAAAAGGCGCAGAGUCCAGUAAAUAGUAAGGCUUUUCUCCCGUUUAUUUAACAAUGUGCCAACGUAUCCAUCGAAUCCUUACUGUUUGUUUAUUGAUAUUGUCAGCAAGGACGAUGUCACGAUGGUUGAAGAAAUUGUUAAAGUUAUUUCACGCAAGUUGUUCUCUAUGUUGCCAACGGUUCCCGAGGAUAUCGUUGGAAUGGAAGCUCAUUUGGCACACAUCAACCCUCUCUUGGACAUGAACAUCCACAUCAAGAAUGAUGAGGCUCGAAACCAACCCUCGGACAAUGACACCAACACCAAGGAAGAUAAGGUUCGAAUGAUAGGAAUCUGGGGAAUGGGAGGCAUUGGCAAAACGGCCAUAGCCAGGCAUCUUUAUGAACAACAUAAGAAAUAUUUCUCCAGUCAUCAUUGUUUCAUUCAUAAAAUUUCAUCGGCACAACAUGAUCUCUUAUAUUUACAGAAACAGCUUCUUUCCAAUAUCCUUGGCGAAGAAGAUCUUAAAUUUCAGACCAUUGAGCAGGGAGCUAGUUAUAUCCAUUCAAGGCUUAGGAACCUAAAAGCUUUAGUUGUCCUUGAUGACGUGGAUGAUGUGAAACAGGUGAAUGCCUUGGCAAAGGUUGGAUGGUUUGGACCAGGGAGCCGAAUCAUCAUAACCACACGGGACAAGAGCUUGCUUAGAUCCUCUAGAGUGACAAAUGUGUACAAAGUUAAGUAUUUGGAUGAUGAUAUAGCUCUCCAACUCUUCCAGCGGAUUGCAUUUAAAGGAAGGAAUCCUCCUAGAGAUAGAGACUACCAACAUCUUUCGGAACGUUUCUGUAGGCUUUCUCAAGGUCUUCCUUUGGCCCUUGUGACUUUCGGCUUUCAUCUCCAUGACAAGUCCCUAGGAGGGUGGCAAGAUGCUUUGAAAAUGUUUGAGGAAGCUCCACACGAAGAAAUCAUGACGGUCUUGAAAACUAGCUAUGAUAAAUUAGACAAAGUUGGUAAGACUGCUUUUCUUCAUGUCGCAUGCCUUUUUAAUGGAGAUCCUGUCGAACGAGUCAUAACACUUCUUGAACGAGGUAGAGCGGGAAUGAAGGUUUUAGUAGACAUGUCUCUCAUCGACAUAUCGGCUGAUGGGCGUAUAGCUAUGCACCCUUUGUUAGAGCAAACUGGGAGACAAAUUGUGCUUCAAGAAUCAGAAAAUAGCCCUGCCAAACAACGAAUCUUGUGGCAACAGAAGGAAAUCUGUCGAGUACUUGAAGACAACGCAUAUUAUAUACAUCAGGGUACAAGCAAAACCGAAGCCAUGGCAUUAGAUGUUUCUGAGCCGAUGUCCAGUGAUUUUCAUAUCAAGUGGAAUAUGUUCAAGCCGAUGCAUAAUCUCAGUUAUUUGAAGAUCAACAGGCACUCUGUAGGUUUAGAAUCCCGCAGGGAAGAUCUGAUUCUAGAAAAAAAAUGGAGUAUUCCUCAUAAGCUUAGAUUCCUCCAUUGGGAUGCAUAUCCAUUUACAACCUUGUCUACCAAUAUCAGUCCAGAUUGUCUUGUUGAACUAAAUCUAUGUUACAGCAAGCUCAAAAGGCUCUGGAGUGGAACCCCGAGACUUUUGCAUCUGAGGAAACUCGAUUUGACAGGAUCUAAGGAUCUGAAAGAACUUCCAGAUCUUCAGGAAGCAGUGUGUCUUGAGGAGUUGAUAUUGGAAGGUUGCACUUCCUUGAAACAGAUUCCAAAGUCCAUUUGUAGCCUAUCAAAACUGCAGAAAUUUGAUGUGUCAAACUGUGAUGGGCUUACGCAUCUUAGGAUCAAAAUAACAGAAUCUUUAAGUACUGUCAUCCAAGACACAAGCUUGAGCGUUAGAGCUGUCUACCUGAAAUUUUUUAGCACAGAAACGUUCGUGGAAGAUUCUCAGGGAAUUUCUCUUGAGAAUCCAUCAAUCAAAGGCAACUUAAAACUGGAGUUAAAGCUUCUAAAAGGAUAUGCAGAGCAUCUAUGUUUUACCUCCGAGAAACGGAUCUCUCGUGAGCUGAUGAAGUUGGAGCUCGAGUCACCUCCCUAUGUUUUAGUUCACUCGACAUCAUGCGGUUUAACAGCAACAAGAAGAGAAGUUUCAAGUGUAUUAGCUUUGCCGGGUUUCCCUGGUUGAUAGAGUUAAAUCUAAUCAACC